GGUCAGGGAUCAGUGAUCGUUGCGGUGCCCUGUGAACCAGUGAUCGGGUAAGCUCUUGUGAAGUCGGUUCUCGUGUUCAGGCGAAAUGUUCAGUGGCAAGUGUAAGUGGAUGCUGCUGCUGGCCGUGGUGCUGGCGGCCGUGCUGAAGGUGGCCGAAGCGCAGGACUAUUGCGACCCGGACCUGUGUGACCCGGGUCAGACCCAUAUUGGGUGCAACAACCCGGGCGGUUUCGCGAAAGGUUGCAACGAGCCCAAGGUGGUACCGGUGACGGACGAGCUGAAGAAGAUUAUGCUGGACGAGCAUAACAAAUACCGUAGCACGGUUGCUACCGGCGGGGUUAAGUGGCUGCCGAAGGCCAAGCGCAUGACGACGAUGGUUUGGGACGAUGAGCUCGCCAAGCUCGCUCAGCUGAACGCGAAUCGGUGCGUGCAGAAGCACGACGACUGCCACAACACGGCCAACCAUCGUUACUCGGGCCAGAACUUGAACCACAUCGCCACGACCGCUUCCUCGAUCGACAACGUUCCGCAGACGAUCAAGGACCUGAUCUCGUCCUGGUGGGACGAACGUUACGAUGUGAACUCGCGCAUGGUCAAGAGCAUGUACGAUCCGGGCAGACACACCAUGAUCUUCCAUUUCGCCGUGCUGGCCGCCGACAAGUCCAACAAGCUCGGAUGUGCCGUUUCGCAGUGGACCGACAACGGCACCUGGCUGUAUCUGGUGUGCAACUACUCGUUCACCGACGUCGUCGGGCUGCCGAUGUACGCUUCCGGCGAGCCGUGCUCGGGAUGUACGACCGGCUGCAACUCGGCGUACGCCGGACUAUGCAACCCCGACGAGCCGGUUUCGGUUCCCUUCUAAGUGCAGCGCUGAUUUUCUAGCACUCCUUACUAUCAUCAGUCUUCAGGCCUGUCCAACAAAGAGCACCACCCUUUCGCGCGCUUUCACUCGCUAGAGUUCGAACGGAAAAGCUGUUCAUGUUGCAUCGAAUCGAAUCGUGAAAUAAAUGCAUCCAUAGCACA